AUGGUUCAGCAACAUGUUUGGAUGAAGAUAGGUGAUGGUACGUCAGCGAAUAUAUGGUUUGAUAAAUGGGAUGUUGUUUGUCCUUUAAGCUCGUUCAUCACUCCGAGAGCUAUAGCAAAUGCGGGGUUCACGUUUAAGACUAAGGUAGAGGAUGUUUAUCGGCAAGGAGAAUGGGAAUGGCCUGAUCAAUGGCUUACCCGAUACCCUAUUCUGCUUAACAUACAACAUAUUAAUAUGCGAAAUAUGAAUGAUAAGGUUGUCUGGAGAUCUUCAGCUGGUAAGGAAGUGGAGUAUAGUACUGUUAAUGUUUGGGAUGAUAUUCGGGUCGCUCAAAGUGAAGUUCAAUGGUCGUCUAUGGUCUGGUUUCCUCAAGCUAUUCCACGACAUUCGUUUUUCCUGUGGCUUUUGGUUAACAAGAAGUUGAAGACUCAAGACGUAAUGGCUAGGUGGUGUGCGUCGGGCAACAUGAACUUCAACUUGAUGUGCUGCUCGUUGUGCUCGUUGGGGCCGGACUCUCACGAACAUCUGUUCUUUGAAUGCUCGUUCGGAUCUCAGGUUUGGAAUGGAGUAAAGGAUAUUGCGGGUUUAUCUUCAAUCGCUAACUCUUGGGAUAUGAUCUUUACUCAUUUGGUUCAAGUGGCUAACUCUAAGAACGCUAUGCAUGUGAUCAGCAAGAUGGUUGUGAGUGCGGCAGGUUAUUUUGUUUGGCAGGAAAGGAACUUCCGGUUAUUUACGUCCAAGAAACGAAGUGCUGAGCGGCUUGUUGAUAUUAUUUUAGCUACGGUUCAGAUGAAGCUUCACACGAUGCGGUUUAAACGAACAAGUCAAGUGGAGAGGAUCCUACAAGAUUGGAGUUUACCUCGAGGGUUAAUUGUCGAAGAUGAUGACAAUGGCUAG